AUGAGUGCAUCUAUUUCACCAGAGGUAACGGGCCUUAAAAUUGGCUCUGCUUUACGGAUUUCUAGGCUGCCAGCAUCUCAAGAAAGGCAUAGUACCUCUAUGUCUCAGGAAACCACCGGAAAUGUUGAGUUGAGGAAGGAAAUUGAUCGAAUUACAGAUUCUGGUGCAUUCAUAAUUCGUGCUGUUGAGUCGUUAAGUAAGAAUGACAUUCUUACCAUGGAUAUUGAUAUUGAAGUUAUUUUGAAAGAUGUUGAGGUUGAAGAGAGUUCUGUUUUUUCGUCCAUCCCCCACUAUCUUGAACGUGAGUGGAAGGAAAUGACAUCUGAAAAUGCCCGUACCAGAAGGGAGGCGGUGAUGAAGGUGGAUGCUGUUGCAAUCUCUCAGCGUGAAGGAAAGGAACGUGUUGACUACAGCGAAAAUGGCCGAAUUGUAAUCGAUCCCUCUGUACCAUUGCCAAUGCCUUUCAGUAGAGAACGUUAUCCGGCAUCUACACAAAGAAAAUCUGUACCUGGUUAUUAUCAUAGUUUGUUCUUUGGAGAAGGAGAGCCGGUUGUGUUUACACCACCGGAGCAGAAUAAAAGAAAGGAGAUUGAAAAAUUGAAAGAAGAACAAGAGGCCUUGAAGAAAAAAAUGCAGCGUACUCCCCGCAGUGAAGUUAUUCAACCCAAAAAGAUUCUUAAGGUCCCAAAUGAUUUUGUUCCUUCGUGUGCACAGGUGGAUAAUUCUUUGGCCCAACAGGAGUUGCGGAAGAAAAAUGAAAUGGAGAAGAAUAAAAUGAAAAAGAGUACAACACCAAAGAAAAAGGAAAUAGAACCUGCACAUUGA